UUGACGUCCGGAACGCAGACAUUCGCCGCAGCGGCAGCUUCCGGUUUAUCAUCGAGCGCUCAAGCGUCGGUAGCCACUGCGACCGCCGUUGCCGCCACCGUUGCUGCCGUCGUCGCGGUCGAAUCUUCACUCACACUUCCCACUUGUCCCACACCUCCGACAAGUCAGUUGGGUCGCCCAAUUCAAUACGAGAUAUCUGAAAUGGAUGUGCUGAGUGAAGAAAUUUGGCACUAUCAUAAUUCGGUUACGCAAUCGGAAAAAAUGCUCAAUCGAAAGUUGCAUCUCCGCGAUAUGCUCUACUAUUCGAUCUGCCCUGUGUUUCCAAUGUGCGGUUUGUACGUCGUUGGAUCGUCGCUAAAUGGCUUCGGCAACAAUACAUCUGACAUGGAUCUAUGUUUAAUGAUCACGAAUAAGGAUCUUGAUCAGAAAACCGACGCUGUUGUAGUGCUGAAUAUGAUACUCAGCACGUUGCAACACACGGAAUGGGUAUCGCAUCAGAAGUUGAUCUUAGCCAAGGUCCCCAUACUACGAAUAAAGUUUGCGCCACCGUUCUCAGAUAUCACGGUCGAUUUGAACGCGAAUAACUCGGUUGCCAUCAAAAAUACCCACCUCCUUUGCUAUUACUCGUCCUUUGACUGGCGUGUUCGUCCGUUGGUAUCAGUGGUGAAGGAAUGGGCGAAGCGUAAAGGUAUUAACGAUGCGAAUCGAUCGUCGUUCACCAGUUACUCCCUUGUGCUCAUGGUCAUUCAUUAUCUUCAAUGUGGGACGGAGCCAGGCGUGCUUCCGUCGUUACAACAAAUGUUCCCACGGCGAUUUGCUAAUAAAUGCGACGUGCGAACGUUGAAUGUAACUUUACCACUGGAACCACCACCUGCAGGGGAAUGGCAAUAUGCAGACAAGUCGACCCUUGGCGAACUUCUCAUUGGCUUUCUCGACUACUAUGCGAAUAAAUUCGAUUACGACCGUGAUGCUAUUUCUGUGCGACUCGGCAAGCGAAUCGACCGAGCAGUGAUCGCGCGACAACGACCAAAUGGGGGCUACCAACAGAACGGCACCAACUGGCGGUCACAAUGGCGAUGCAUAUGCAUCGAGGAACCGUUCACCUAUUCGAAUACCGCACAUUCAAUCUACGAUGAAAUGGUGUUUGAUGCUAUCAAAACAGCUUUCCGAGAAGCGCAUCAAGAGUUGGACACUACGCGAGAUUUGCAACGAUUGCUUAAUUGCAAACCGAUCACGGUGAAUAAACGAAUGUGCUCAGCGCACGCUACCGGAGUGACUGUGUUUUUUCCUUCACUGAAAUGGUUUUUGCAGAUUUUCUUUAUUUCCAGUGCGAUGGUCUACGUAUCAUCGUAUAGUUCAACACGUGAGAUAUGUGCCGGCUCAACAGCUGGUGAUUCACCGAUGAGUGGCCACUCGAGGCGGUCUACACCACGCGGAAGCAGUUCCGGAAGCAGUAUAAGCACAGCGCAUAGUGCAGCAAGUAGUAGUGGUAGUUCAAGCUCAAGCGAUUAUGGUGAAGACCAGGAUCAUGAUCGGUGA